ACCAGUCAGGGGAUAACGGAGGAGGUUGGAGGAGCGAGGGAGGAGGGAGAGGAGGAGGAGCAGGAGCAGGAGCGAGCAUCCUCCUCGCUGCUCAGACUCUCCGCGGAGGCUGAGAUGGAGACAGGGUGAGACUGACGGGCGUUUUUGGAAAAAAAAAGUGGCUCUGAGGUACUAAAAGCUGAGUAUCGUCACUAAAUCAGCACACGUACGGAAGAAAGAUCUUCAGAGCGUUUUGUCACCGCCUGCGGAUUACGGACCAUAACUGACGGAUAACUGCCUGUUUACUCCUCGUCGUCGUUGUUAAUGUCACGUGUUUUGCUUUUUCUUUCGGUUGUUGCGUACGCUGAGACCCGUGGCGUUUCCCGAAGUUGAGAAACUGAGAUUUCCACGACCAGCGAUGAUGCGAUAUUUUGACAUAAACGGUCUUCUCCGGGUUUCGCUCCACUGCGCAUGCUCAGUGGUGGUAGCUGAACGCCGCCUGACUCCGUUUCGCUCCGUCCUGGUUGUGAUCCACGAGAGAAAAAGUGACGACUAAAACAAUGCUUUGGCAAAGUAGCAGCCGUGGGAUUUUACUCGACAUCCUCCACGACACUGACCGUCCAUAGGCUGAAGAAUGUCAGGGACGGCAGAGGCUGAGGGUGAUGGAGUAGUCUCCAAAGUCCACGUGAAAAAGGAGAUCAAGACAAUUGUGGAGAACCUGGAGAACAUCUUGGGCGACCUGAAGGAUGUCGCCAAGGAGCUGAAGGAGGUUGUCCAUGAGAUUGACACACUGACAUGUGACCUACAACUGGAGGAGGAGAUGACGGACAGCUCCAAGACGGACACUCUGAACUCCAGCUCCAGCUCCACCACCACCACCACCACGGCGUCCAGCCUCGAGAAGAUGAAGCUUUUCCCUGAAGACUUCUUCAAACCGUCCAUCAGUCCGGUCACCGUCAACCCCACGGGUGUCUUGACUGUUUUCAAAAAAGCCCAUCCCCCAGCGCCUCCACCCAGGCAUACUUCAGUGAGAGCGGACGAUCACAACAUAAAGAAUCUGCCUCAUCCGACGUUAGUGCUUUCGGGGAGCACAUCCAAGGCUAAUGGAUCCCUAAUGCGAAAUGGUGGCGUUUUUCCGUUAAAGCCAAAUAGGGAGUUAUUCUCCUCCACGCCGUGUUUCAUUUCUAAUGACAGUGGGGUUUCGGAAUCAGGACUUGUCCCCACACUGCCCAGACCUAUGCCGCUCCUACGGCAUGAAAAGAACAAAUGUCCGAAAGCCCCGAGCAGGGAGCCUCGCGAAAGAGUCCGUUUCAGCGAGAAAGUCCAAUAUCAUGGCUACUGCCCAGACUGCGACCUCCAGUAUGAUGUCGAUGACACAGAAUUACACUUACAGGCUGAGCUGCAUGACUUGAGGCUUAGCCCCGUGCACUGCUGCUCCUCAUCCUCGCCUCCUCCUCUUCCUCUCCCUCAUGUGCUGCCUCAUGAGAUGCUUUUGGAGAACGGCGGGUUCUCUGUCAGCCACAAUUUCCCACCCAAGGCCACCACUCCUCCACCUUGCGUGCCUCCUCACUCCACCUCUCCAAAGCCCCAAAAAACUAUCCUACGCAAAUCUACCACCACCACAGUGUGACACCAGACCCCCGUUCGUCGUACGCAUUCCUGAAUCUUCAUGUUUUCUACCAAACGAGUGCUUUCCACUCCAGAUGAACUUUGGAUUGUUCAAGCAGAGAUCGUUGAAAACUGGCAUAAGGGGAAUUGCUAAGCAGCAAGCGAUGCAUCAUCACGCAAUCUGAGAUGCAUAGACGCAUUGGAAGGAAGUGGGCCCACUGAGAUCCGGCUGGUUCAAGUACAGGGGAUGCUUGUUUCACACGGUGAUCAGCUCUGGUCGAUCAGGAACGAAGAAGCCCCGAAGCGUCAACCUGAUUUCUCAAACACUUCACGGCUCAGUACAGACAGGAAAUGGUCUUGACAAAAUCAUGCAUUUAAGCGUUUGAGUGAUGAGACCUGGGGAAUGUAGUGGUGGCAGUUUGUGGUUGUCUUUACCGGGUGCAUUAUGUUUUUGUUACGUGGUUAUAACACCAGUAAUCAAAAGGUGAAGAGGUGGAUUGUAUCAUGAUGUCUGCGGGUAUUUGAUUCACAUCUCCACAGUUUCAAAGGAAAGGCUGCGGUUUCAGAUGAGUGAUGAAAUAUGCCUUUUAAGAACUGUAAGUCUUCAAGGAGUCUGAACCUUUCACCUGUAUCCAGGCAGUCAAAGAGAGAAUCAUUGACUCAGUCGUGCUAGGGCUGCACAAUAUCGCAAAAUGACAUCUCUUGUCAGAAACAUCUUCCAACUCUUCUGGGGGUAGUGUGGAGGAGUUCCCAGGCCAACUCUGAGAUGUAAUCACUAAAGCGUGCCCAUGGCCUCCUCCCAGUUGGACGUGCCCAGAACUUGAAGAGAGAACCUGACAUGAUGCUUGAUCAUCUUCUCUUGACACAGAGUUGCUGAGGCUCCACUUACAGCCUGCCUUGGAUGUCUGUCUUAAGAACCCUCCAGCCACUCUUCAAACAAACUCAUUUUCACCACAUAUAUAUGGGGUUUUCAUUCUUUCAGUCACUUCCAAAAGCUCUGUGACCACAGGUCAAGGCAGGUUGUUACUCGAGCACUCUUCUGGCUCAGCUCUUCAGAAGACAUUGACAGAACCUAAGAAUAGCCUUAUCCAAAGAUUUUCAAAUUAUGAAAGAUUCAAAUAUUUAAUCUCAAUAGCACUACAACUGAGUUAACACCGUGAGUACGUAAGUAAGUCAUCUGUUCUAAAUGUAUCUCUUCUAAAUGCCACUUUAAGGAAGGUUUUAUCAACACAACAGUGGCCAAUAAUGUUCACAAUGUUAGGAUUUUACCAUGUUGUUUUCAGUGCCACUGAGGUUAUUCCAAAGCAGUGCUUUUCAACCUAUUUUGAGCCACGGCACAUUUCGUUCAUUGACAACAUCCAGAGUCACACUACCAAAGAUACAAUUGUGCUGCCCGUAAAGUCCUAUAGAAAAUCCAUUUUAUUUUGUUAAAAAUUGUAGCUACUGACUCUGGGCUCCUUUGGCAUGUUAUUAGCAGAUACAAAUUGCAUUGGUUUAAAAAUGUCUCUAGAGAAGAGACAGCAAUAUGGCAAUAUAAUCUCCUCACGUCAACACGUUCAAAUUGUUCAAGACGUCAUGCCCACCUCUGUCGCCGGACAUUGAGGUGAAACUGGAUCAUUUCCCAUGGCACGCAUGACAGUCUUUCCUGGCACACUAGUGUGCUGUGGCACACGGUUUAAAAACGCUUUUCGAAAGAAUGCUCUUGAUAGUAUCUGUUAUGUUGGGUAGUUGUACAAAGAAACGGACACGAGGAAAGCAUUAUUGGCCACUCUUGUGUUGGUAAAACAUUUAAGUUACAUUUAGAACAGAUACAAAAUGUGUGAUACAUUUGCCAUUGAUUGUGAAUUUUAACUCGGCUUUAGUGCGAUUAAUUGAGUUUACAAAUGUUAAUCUUUUUCUAAAAAUGUGGGAGAAAGUUCACACUAUACCACACUUCCAUUGAAAAGUUUAAGCACCUUGAUGGAACUGGUAUAAUGCCUCUUAGCAUUAUACCAGAAAGCCAAUGGAGAGAAUGCAUAACUGGAGGGAUGAGAUGCUAUUUGUCUACGCCUUGAAAACAUAACUGUGAUUCAUUUGAUUUAAUCUUUUUGCUAUUAUUUAGGCAAGAGGGUUGGUGCGUAUUUUCUGGUCAAAAGUUGAGAUGAGGUGCCAGGAUGGGCGAAGAUAGAUUCGACUUCUGUGCACCUUCAGCUUGGAGUGUUAUGUUCAAGCAACUGUAAAAGCUCCUCUAGGUUCCUGAGUUACACAGUAUUUAUUUCACCCAUGUUUCCCCUUGCUUGGCUGUAUUUCACAUGCACAAAAACUGUGUUUUUUCAUCUGGCACCCCUCAUUUGGACCCAUUGCAGAUGUAAUGGUAUUAUAAAUAUGCUUACAUCUAAAAGACUUAGUAUCAUGUGUUGUCUGGGACCAAAAUUGUUUUGUCUCUGGACCAUCCUACUCUAAGCAUUUGUUCCAAAUCGAAGCUUGACAGUCAAGUAUAGUCCCAGAAUUGUGCAGCCCUAGUUUGGACCCAAAGAACUACAGUACAGUUUCUGUGUGAACAGUAUUUAACAUACAGCAGCACAGUACAAUGUGAAAUGUGGGAGCUUUAAAGGAAUCUGUGAGGAAGUAAUAAUUUGUAUCAAAUUUUCUUUUUAUACAAAUAUACGUUUGAUAUUUAUAAAUAUAUCUAUAUAUUUCAGGCUUCUUUUCUACAGAGACUUUAAAAAUAUUUUUGAUAUUGAGUUACCAGAUGUGUGAGAAGGUGUAAAUGGAAGCAAAAGUGUAAAGUACGGACACUCUAUAAUGUGAAUGAGCCAUAACAUUAUGACCAUAUACCAAGUAUUGUGUGGACAACACAGUAACUUUGGCUCUCCACAGGAUGGACACCAAGUUUGAAAUCUGGUGCAGACGUUGGCAGGCGAUCUGUUCAAGCCGUUGUGUUUCCAGUGAGAGCCUGUGCAGCACAGAUUUGUUUGUCCAGCACAUAAAGAAGCUGGAGUAGAUAACAAUAGUUCGGGAUAUUUUGGUUUCAGCCGUUAAUUUUUAUAUUAUUUUUAUAUUUUCUAUAUAGCAUAUUUGUUUUCAGGAACAAACUAUUUAAUCCAGCCACUGAUCCAAUCUUCCAAUGCAGGCGAGAAAGUCUAAAUGAUAAGAGACUAACUUCCCCCACUGCUCUGUGGUUACUGUAAGAUCUCAUGCUAAACUGAUCAUCGCAGUUUAGCCCCAUACCCACCAAAUUAUAUGACGUGUCUUGACACUGUAUCUGGAAAGGCAUUAAACUUAGCAGCAUUAAGAACAGUAGAUGCUGGAACUGAAAUGGUCAUGUGACACACCGCUGUUGGGGUAUUGAGUGGUGUCAAUGCCAGCAUGCUAGAGAGACAACGAUCAUAUGAUUUGUCGCUUUACUUGGAUGGUUAUAAUGUUAUGACUGAUCUGAUGUUUUAAACAUGUGAUAUUGAGUGAGAACGAUGCAUGACUGACUAGGCCCUUUGUCUUUGCAUCACUGUUUUUCUAUGCAUUUAUGUGUGGCUGUGGCUGUUUCGCGCAAGAGAAGACAAGAAAUGUUGCAUUUAUAUUGUAUCUCAUAUUCAGGUCAUUUCUACUGCCAUCGUGAGUAUUUUUUACAGAGGUUCCUGGUAAAUCUUGGACAAAAAGAAGACUGCACACAAGAAAGUUGUUGGACUCGCUGGAUGUAGAGACUCAAACUGGAAUCAAAUCAAGAAACAGAAAACAUCUGAAUAAGCUGAUGUGUAUUUGCUGUUUGUUGGUACAUUAAAAUCAA